UGACUGUAACUCAAGAAAUAUCGGUUGUUGAAUCAUAGAGAUCUUAAAAGAGACAGACUAGACUGUUGCUCAUAAGAGUGUAACAUGGUUUCUCUGAAUUCCUGUUAGGGACUGAAUUUGGCUGCUAGGCAACAAGAGGACAGACACUCCCAUUCAGUGAUAUUCUAAGAACAUUCUUUUGGUUUUUUUUAAUCUCAUGCAGGCUAACAAGAAAGGAUGAAAUCAACAGACCUUUGCCUUAGCUCUGCAGGGGCUGAAGUUGUUCUAGCCACAUCAAGUGAUGAAAAAUACCCCCCUGAAAACAUCAUUGAUGGAAGUUCAGAAACAUUUUGGACAACAACAGGAAUGUUCCCCCAGGAAUUCAUUAUUAGUUUUCAUAAAUGUGUAAAAAUCAGCAAACUCACAAUUCAGUGUUACUUAGUGCGGAGUUUGAGGAUUGAGAAAAGCUUAUCUAAAGAUCCAGUAGAUUUUGAAGUGUGUACUGAAAAAGAUUUACAAUACACAGAAGGGGCGCUUCAAAUGGAAGAAUUUUAUCUUCCUGAAUUCCAAGCAACCUACUUGCGAUUCAUCAUCAAAUCUGCCUUUGAUCAUUUUGUUUCAGUGCACACAGUGAUGGCAGAAGGAGUAGCAGAAAAUAUUUAAUAUCAAAUUUACACAAUUGCCUCAAAUAUUUUGUAAUGAUAUUUGUAGCAUAAAGGAUAUAUUUAUUAUUCAAACAUUAUAUUAAAAUGGAUUUUUAAAAUAUGGCUCCAGUAUGUUCCCCCCCCCCAGCAAUUUAAUGUGUAAUGCAGUACAACCAUUAACUCUGAUAAUACCUUUGUAGUUUUCCAAUGUAGAGUACAAAUGAAGAAUUGCUUUUUGCUUAACCACUAACAUACGAGUAUAAUUGAUUCCACUUCUGAAUUGCAAUAUGUUGAUAUUAAAAGGCUGUUUAAGAUACAUUGUUUUAAAAUGCCAUUGAAUAUUUGUUUCUCUGUAAAAUAUUUCCCUCACAGAAAAAAUAAAAGUGUGAAAUAUUCAAACUUGAGGUCAUUCCCCCAACCCUAAAAGAAGUCCUUCCAAAAUUCAUUAACAUCAGCUGAGGACCCUAGGUAAGAAAAGAGGAUGAUUAUAACUUCUACUGAAAUAUUUAAAUACCAAGCUGAAGCCACUCGAGAUGGUUUAAUAUAUUUUAAUUGCUCCUAUUUAGCUCAUUGCCUCUAUAAAUAUUUUCUCAAAUCAGGUCACAGCUGCCUUUGCUUUAUGCUAUGACUGUCAUAAACAAAUAUUAAUAGAACCAAUGCUGAUGUACAUUAAUACAAAUUGUUUCAUUCAUAAACCUGCUGGGGUGUGUGCAAGUGAACAUUUAGAAAAACUGCCUGUAAAUAAUAAUCUUUUUUUUUUUUAAACAGGGA